AAGCAGAAAAUUAUGUGCGCUAAAGAUGCAAUUUUAUACAGACAAAUACAUUAGAAGACAAUUGUCAAACCGAUCAGAAACACUGCUCACAACCUGUAUCUCCUAAAUAGUGUCGCCGGUGUAUUUUGUUUGAAUUUUUGAAUAUAUUACACAAAAGACUAGAAGGUUUUUACCAGGGGUAAAUCACUACACAACACACGUAGAACUUUGAUGCGCUCGAGAAAUGUAUACCUCAAACUUUCACCCAAUGUCUAGAUAAAAUAUCGCCGUAUCUUUCUGUUGUGUCAACCAUCCAUCCAAAUCAAAUAAUUAAUCCAUCCGAAUCAUUACCCGACUUUCAAGGAAUAGGACAUUUGAUGUAAACAUAUAAGUAGGCUAUAACUUUUAAAUUGUAUGAAAUGACAUCCUCACAAUCGCUUGCUUACCAUAAUCUCUACAACAAGGAAGUAGAGACAACCGAACCCGAGGGACAAUGUUGAUUGGCAGGUGUAAUGACGUCCAAUGAGGUUGCAAGGUUAAGGUGUGAGGCGGGAUCAGAUCGGCACAGCAUUGUCCAAUGAGGUUUUGGGAUUAGCCCCAAAGCGUGUGCAUGUCUUUGUGCACAACUGCAGGGGCUUGAGAGCAAUUAUCUGAUGACUUACUACACAACUUUCAGGGACCCUAUUGGCUCUUGGGCACUGCUUUCAGAACUACUGGCUAAAAAUAGAAAAGUUAACAAAAGUUAUGGAGAGUCUCUUUAACCAUAUGGAUUUUUCUGUUCAUAAUCAACUUGUGACUUUGCUUGAGGGGGAAUGCAGACCUAUUUAUUUUUGGACCAACUGGUGCAUGGAUAAAUCAAAGGAAAACAUUUUAUAUGUAUAACUGUAAUAUUAAUAUACUCUUUAUAAAGUGUAUACAAAGGGGGUAUGAAGGGCUUGUGAAUGGUUUAAUUAAGGCCUAUUCAAGUUAUGACACAUUUUCAUACAAUGUUUAUUACAAAUGUAUUAUUGAUUUAUAGACUAUCCUAUAUGAACUAAUGAUGAACAGUCUAUAACUACUGAGAGUUAAAAACCCUUUGCAAGCUCUGGCUAUGUAAUGUUGGGCUACAAUCGGAAUGAUUUCCUUGGGCCUAAACAUCGGGGGAUUGAGUUUCAUGAAUUAAUUGUUUAUGUGAUGUAUCCUCUACUUCUGUUUGUUUAUCUAACAAUAUGUAUGUGAGGGCUGACAUUCUCACAGCGUCGAGGUCGCCACUUCGACAGAUUUGUGGGUUUGUUGGAUGACGCUCAGGCUACGUGAGACGGGCGGAGCACAGGGGAUGCGGGGAUGCACUGCAGCGGAGCGGAUAAUCUGGGUGACCGGACUGUCAAAACUGAGCGUAUGGUCUAUUCUCUCAAUUACAAUCAUCUUCAAGGGUUUAUCUAUCUCUUCGUCAUUGUUUACCAGUACUCGUCUGGUUGGUGGUCAAACAUUUUCAACAAGAUUUUCUCCUUGCAGGUUGAUUGCGCCACUAGCGUAUGGUUUCCUCCUCCUGCCUCCUCUCCUUUCCUUGGCGCUGAUUGACAUUCCUGCAGAUCAAAGAUCGCUUUAAUUUGCUGUUAUAGUAACUCGCAGCUGUGGCAGUUGAGUUGGCGUGCUGUGGGGAAGGAAGGAACCCGGCGUGAAAAGAUAAUGGCCACAGAGCAAUGGGAUCGGUAGUGUACCGCAGCCAUGGCCAGGUCAACAAACAGAAGCGGCAAGGAUGGCGAUUCAAGGGUGUCCGCUCCCACGGAUAGGGCAGAGGCUCGGGACCUGAGCGACCCCAGGGAACUGUCUCUUGAAGAAGUGUUGAAAUCCUACGAGCAGCCCAUUAACGAGGAGCAGGCUUGGGCUGUGUGUUAUCAAUGCUGUAGCGGGCUGAGGGUGCCGCGCCCGGCCACUGUGACAGGUGGAGUUUCCCGUGUGAAGGACCCGUCCUCUAUACUCUUACUCAGAGAUGGGAUGGUUUCCCUACAACAACAGCCCUGCAACAACCAUGACACAGACGGACCUCCCCUCCCACCUAUCGCGGAGCGCCAGCUGGUCCAGUCUCUGGGCGUGGCAAUCUACCAGGCCCUGGACUGGGGUCUGGAUGACAGUGAGGAGCGGGAGCUGAGUCCUCAGCUGGAGCGGCUCAUUGAGCGCAUGGCAGGGGGAGAUCACAGCCUGGGGGCUGACUGUGGUGGUGGCAACGGAACUACAGAUGAGGGCUACAGUGGUCAGGAGGAGGAGGAAGAGGAAGGAGAAGAGGGGCCUAUGAGGCCAGUGCGUACAUUACGCCAGGUGAUGACACUUUGCGCUUCCAGACUGGCCAACCCUGCACUUGCCCCUGAGCACUACCAGGCCGUGUGCCGAGCCUUGUUUGUUGAGACUCUGGAGCUACAAACUUUCCUGACCAGAAUCCGAGAUACCAAGAAGAUGUUGAAGAAAAUCAAAACAGAGGAUCCUCAGGAAGAUAGAGCUGAGAUUGAUGCACUUAAACACACAGACUGGACUCGUCUCUGGGUACAGUUGAUGAAGGAGCUGAGACAGGGGGUGAAGCUGAAGAAGGUGCAGGACCAGGAGUUUGACCCACUGCCCACUGAGUUCAGCCUCACACCCUUUGAGAUGCUCAUGCAGGACAUCCGCACCCGCAAGUUCCAGCUGCGGAAAGUCAUGGUGGAUGGUGACAUCCCUACGCGGGUGAAGAGAAAUGCUCAUGAGCUUAUUUUGGACUUCAUCAGGUCUCGCCCUCCACUCAAACCAGCGUCAGAGCGAAACCUGCCCCCUCCUCCUCAGGAGAAGCAGUCCCUCCAUGAACGUGUCCUGGCUGAAAUCAAACAAGAGCGCAAACUGAAGCCUGUGGACCCACCCAGCUCCAAAAGAUCGUUUGGCUCCCUGCCUUGUCUGGCACACACUUGCCCGUGUGAUUUCAAAUCUACUUCCUGCAUUGACCUGUCAGGCUCAGAGCUAGGGUCCCGCCCCCCUUCUCGUCUUCGUGUUCUGCUCAAAGCCCCUACUCUUCAAGAGAUGGAGGAGAUGAACAUGUUGGAGGAUGAGGAGUCUCCAGACAGUGGGGAGCUCUGCCGUGCUGAGAGUUUUCCCACAUCUAUGAAACGGGACCGCUCCUUCUCAGAACACGACCUGGCUGAGCUCAGGGGGGAGACGCUCCCCUCACUGUCCGACUGCACCCAUCUGGAAGGGGCCGUGAUGCGGAGGGGUGAGAGACCAUGGUUACAUGUGCUCUCAGGGGCUGGGCCACCCUCCACGCACAGAGCCUCUCUUCCUGUGCCAGGCUGGGUGCCACCCUCCCCUGCCCGUCUCUCUCUCAGCUCAGUGAAUGAGACCACAGAGGGAGCUGAGACCGGCUCCAGUUCUCGGAAUGGCAAUAAACACCAGUGGAUGGAGGAAUUCAGUCACCCAGUGGAGAGUCUUGCCUUAACAGUGGAUGAGGUCAUCAAUGUGCGUCGCGUGCUGGUGAAAGCAGAGAUGGAGAAGUACUUGCAGAACAAGGAACUGUAUUACAAUCUGAGGAGAGGCAAGGUGUGCUGUUGCUGCAGAAUUAAGUUCCCCCUCUUUUCAUGGCCAUCCACCUGCCUGCUCUGUAAAAGGUCUGUCUGUGGAUUCUGCAGUGCAAAGAUGAAGAUUCCUUCCAAGAAGAUGGCCCACAUCCCAGUCUACACUGUGGGCUUUCAUAGCAGCCCAAAGAGCCAUGGUCGCAAGAGUGAGGUCUACAAAUCUCUGUGUACUCUCUCCCGCCGGUCUGUGGAGGAGGAGUUCCCCCACCUGUACACCAGUGGCUGCAGCCUGCGGGAUGUUUGUGCGGACUGCACCAAGUUUGUGGCUGAUGUCAUCUCGUCCAGCCGCCGGAGCCUGGACAUCCUCAACAACACUCCCAAGAGGGAGAGUGCUACACCCAAACCACAACCCCAGCCUCACGCAUCACCACAGCCACCCACCUUGAAGAGAAAAGACAAGUGAAAAGAUUGACUGUUGGUUUACCCCACUUCCUUAGCAGGGUUGCCCCUGUGCUGCACUACUAACCCACUCAAAACACCCCACCAUUCCCCCAGCCUGCAAGUACCCCCUCCCCCUGCUGAAGUGCUUGUUAAGGGUUGUUUCUCUGCCUCCUCUGUAGAGAGGUUCAUAAGACGUGGCCUAGGGACAACAUAUGAGUCUGCCUUAUCACACAUAUAUUGACUUCACUCCCUGGUCUAAUGCACAAGCAGAGAGGAAAGGCAAAAUACGAGGGAGGAGGAAAGAGGUGAGAGGGUAAUUGAUGAGGAUGAUCGGAAAGAGGAGAUCUAUUUACUGUAGGAGCCAAGAGUUUAAGGUAAAUAGGGUAAAUGUAGGGUAAAUAUUUAGCUCCCUAGUUGCCUUGUUUUAGUUAUGAAUGUAAUAUACUCUUUUAACACCAAAAUAAUACAUCUUACAUUGACACACCUUCUCAGAACACUGGAUUUUUUUCUGGAAUGUUAAAAUGACACUAUGGCUGAAUAGAAGAUAUAUUUAUUUCACUAUAGGUCUUUUUUUUAGUUUAGAAUGUGCUUGGAUUAUCUGUGGUCCAACUUGAUGAUGCAUGGUGGCACCGUCUGUCCGACUGUCUGAAUGUAAUCGGGUCCUAGAGGGGUGAAAAUGGUCCUGGAAGGGACCUGUCCCAUUGGCACCAAACUGGACUGGACUCCCAGCCUCCUAUCUCUGCUGCUUUAGAAUGACAUUAAGCCCCCUCUCUCACCCUCGAUGGUCCUGUGCGAUCUGCUCAAAUUUUUCGAAACACCCAGUAAACCUCAACUGCAAUAAAUCUCAUGUAAAAAGGAA